AUGGCAAUAACCAAAGCCCUGGACGGAUACGCAAGCCAAGCCCUGAACAGACAGCCAAGUCCUAACAGAGCACCAAGCCCCGCGACAGAAUACCAAGCAAGACACCUCGGGAGAGGCACCGCGAGCGAGACGAGAAGCCCGACCAGAGCAGCCAAAGCCGCGCCGAGGACAGAAGCGCGCGAGCAGACACGCAAAGCCCGCGAACAGAGCGCGCGCGAGAGCGAGCCGCCGAACGAGACUACCACCAAGAGCGCGGCCGAGAACAAAGAGCACACAGCUCCGACACCAACACCACCGAAAGGCACGCGACAGAACACCAUAGGCGCGCGUGACAGAACGAGCCAAGCGGCGGACAGACACGAGGGGCGGCGCGGAACAGACGCCACCAAAAGCCCGACAGAACCCAAAGCCCCGAGCAGGACGAGCCAGCCGCACGACAGACACCAAGCCCCGGACGAGAGGCGCGAGCCGAAGCGCGGACCAGGGGGGGGGGGUACAGCCCAAGGCCCCGAGCAGAGCACGCGAAGCCGCGAGAGCGAGCCCAAGAGACAUGACAGGGCGCCGAGAGGCCCGCGACAGACCGCACCAAGCCAAGCCCCGACAGACACGCGAACCCCGACAGACACCGGCGGAGAGGCACGGGGGAAAGCCCCGAGCAGCAGCAGCCGAAGCGCGCCACAGGAGACACCAGAGCCGGCCGGAGCAGAGCACCCGCCGCUAAGCCCCAACGAGGGGGCCGAGGGGGCGCGGCGGGGGCGCACACCAGCGGGUAAGCCGCGGCGACGCGACGCACGCAACCCAAGCCCACAGGACACCGGGAAAGCCCGCGCGACAGAUCGCACACGCCCUAAGUAUAAAGGAGCCGUACGAGAGACCCCUCUGAUUCUCCCCUGA